AUUUACAUGUGUUCCAGUGCUUGGUGGGUUAUUAUGAAGUUGUUUUUGAAUAAGAAUCAAACAAAUGACUGUGUUGCUACAACUAUUUAAAAGGAAAUCGGAUCUUAUCAGAAGACUAACAUGUAAUCUGUGCUGUUAUCACCAAAAGACUGCUCCAGUUCCUGCCAGGUCUGCUGAGGAUGGAGGGAACCGAGUCAACGUCUAGAGAGAGAACAGCAGGAGGGGAUGGAAAACAGGAUGUGGACAGCAUGGUGCUGUUGUCCAAUAAGCCCCUGCAUCGCUUCGUUAGAAAAGAGCCCAGAAGUUUUGGGAUUGUCUUAGUGAUCUUUGGCUGUGCAGAGAUCCUGAUGGGAUUUCAUCUGGGAAGUGAAGAUGCGCCAACCUCUCAGAGCAUCUACAUUCCCUUCUGGCAGGGGUUUCUGUUUGUUGUCUGUGGAAGUCUGUCUAUCCACACUGAGAUUCACCCAUCAAAGAAGAUGGUGACAACGUGUUUGGCCAUGUAUGUGAUCUCCCUGCUGGGAAUCAUUGUGUCUGGUGGCUUCAGGAUAUCCUGCAUCCUCCAAUACCAAUUCCUAACCUGGUUUUACCACAGCGAUCAUUGGGAUUUCUACAGAGCAAAGCAGAUUUCUGGCAUUGAAGGCUUGCUGUUAACCUCCUCUCUGUGUGCAUUGGCGCUUCUCAUCUUUCUCUGUGUCAUCACGAGUGCAGCUCUGAGAUCCACACGCACUCAGGUUCUUGUCCAGCAUAUCGCAGCACCACAGAGAGACACAACAUCAAACUGAGAUCAGCCCUUGCCCUUUAUCAAAUCUGGUGUACUCUUUGAGUGUCUGCAUUUUCUACAGCAUUAAAUGCAAAUGUUAAAUCACCUAGUGGAAUUCAGAACAGCUUCUAAUGGUUGGUUUUAUUUGUUUAAAACAUUUUCCAGUAAUGUUUCUAGAUGUGUGUCUGAUAUUUUGAAAUGACAGAGGUACAAAUGAUUCAUAGCACUGAAUAUUAUCCUCACUAACAGUUUUAAUCUUAGAAGUUUUCCAGAUAAUCACCACUAACAUCGGACAUAGUUCUGUUUAAUACCAGUCAUCAUUACGUAGACAUAAUGCAGAGAGAAACCUCUUUGAAUCUAAUAUUUCUUAAAUGUCUUACAUCAACUCUUUUGUGCUUUAGUACAUUAUUUGUACAGCCCUGUCUCUCCAUGGGUUGUGUCUUUUAAAGUCUGUACCUUGAGUCAAUA